AUGGCAACCACAGAGCUCUACACCAAGGGUGCGUGUGUCUGGGUGCCAGACCCAGAAGCCGUGUGGGUCUCUGCCAAGCUCUUGCAAGACUACAAUCCCGGAGACCAGCAGAUCCUGCUCCAGCUUUCAGACGGCACCGAGAUGGAGUACCCGCUGACGGGCCCCGCCGGGCUCCCCCCACUGGGGAACCCCGACAUUUUGGAAGGGGAGAACGACCUGACGGCCCUGAGUUUCCUCCACGAGCCUGCGGUUCUCCACAACCUGCGCGUGCGUUUCCUGGACUACAGCAGCAUUUACACUUACUGCGGCAUUGUGCUGGUGGCCAUAAAUCCAUAUGAACAGUUGCCAAUCUAUGGGGAGGAGGUGAUUGACGCGUACAGUGGGCAGGAUACAGACGAUAUGGAACCUCACAUCUUCUCCGUGGCUGAGGAGGCCUACCGUACCAUGACCAGGGAGGAAAAGAACCAGUCCAUCAUUAUCAGUGGAGAGUCAGGCUCAGGGAAGACCGUGUCAGCCAAGUUUACCAUGCGCUAUUUUGCCGUGGUUGGCGGAGCGGCCCAGCAGACCAGCGUAGAGGAAAGAGUGCUGGCAUCCAAUCCUAUCAUGGAGGCUAUUGGAAAUGCCAAAACGACUCGUAAUGACAACAGUAGCCGGUUUGGAAAGUAUAUUGAAAUCGGUUUUGGGAGGAAGGGGGACAUAAUUGGGGCGAAUAUGAGGACUUACCUGCUGGAAAAGUCUCGAGUCGUCUUUCAGGCAUCAGAGGAAAGGAAUUAUCACAUAUUUUACCAGCUCUGUGCAUCUAGAGAGUUACCAGAGAUGAGGUCACUCAAACUAGCUGCACCAGAACACUUUCGAUACACUUGUCAAGGAGGCCAGAUGCAGAUUCCUGACGUGGACGAUGCCUCUGAGCUGGAGCGUACGCGUAAUGCCUUCACCGUCCUGGGUGUUCCGCCAGACCAGCAGAUGGAGAUAUUCCGAAUAUUGGCAGCAGUUUUACAUCUCGGGAACGUCAACAUUCAAGCCAGUGGGAGGGGUGCCGAUCGCAGCUAUAUUGAUGCGGACGACCGUUCCCUGGCGGUCUUCUCUAAGCUGCUGGGUGUUGAGGGACCUCAGAUGGCCCACUGGCUGUGUCACAGGAGGCUGGCAGUGGGCGGGGAGAUGCUGGUGAAGCCCAUGCCCGGGCGACAGGCCGUGGAGGCCCGGGAUGCUCUGGCGAAACACGUUUACGGUCAGCUGUUCACCUGGACCGUGCAGAGACUCAACAGUGCACUGAGAGCACACAGGCAGAAGGCCAAAUCUUUCAUAGGGGUGUUAGACAUCUAUGGGUUUGAAACCUUUGACAGGAACAGUUUUGAGCAGUUCUGCAUCAACUACGCCAACGAGAAGCUCCAGCAGCAGUUCAACAGGCACGUGUUUCAGCUGGAGCAGGAGGAGUACAUACGAGAGGGGCUGCCGUGGAAUCGGAUCGAAUUCAGUGAUAACCAGCCGUGUAUCGCUUUGAUUGAAGGCCCACUGGGACUUCUGGACCUGCUGGAUGAGGAGUGCAGGAUGCCCAAAGGCUCAGAUGAGAACUGGGCGCGAAAACUGUACGACCAGCACGUGAAUCGCAGCGCGCACUUCCGCAAACCGCGCAUGUCCAACGCGGCCUUCAUCAUCCUCCACUUCGCCGACACGGUCCAGUACGAAUGUGACGGGUUUUUAGAUAAGAAUCGUGACACAGUGUUUGAGGAGCCAAUCAACAUCAUGAAGGCCAGUCAGUCUGAGCUUGUUGCAGAGCUGUUCCAGCAGCAGUCAGCAGGGGGCAGUGUGUCUGAGGCAAAGUCUAUGGCCAACGGGAGUGUGCGUUCAGGGAAGAAAUCUCAGCGUGAGCAUAAACUGACUGUGGGCUAUCAGUUUCGCCAGUCUCUCCACCUUCUGAUGGACACUCUGAACAGCACGACUCCUCACUACGUCCGCUGCAUUAAACCCAAUGACCUCAAGCAACCUUUCAUGUUUGACCCGAAGCGUGCAGUGCAGCAGUUACGGGCGUGCGGUGUUCUGGAAACCAUUCGGAUCAGUGCCACUGGAUUCCCAUCCAGGUGGACGUAUGAGGAGUUCUUUAACCGGUACCGGGUUCUCCUGCGUGCUUCAGAACGGGGGGAGGACUUUCAUUCCUCCUGUCAGAGGGCGCUGACUGCCCUCAUCCCUGAUCCAGACCAGUACUGCUUUGGCAAGACCAAAGUGUUCUUCCGGGCGGGGCAGGUGGCCCUGCUGGAGAAACUGAGGGCCGAGAGGCUGCACACGGCCGGGGUGGUGAUUCAGAGCUGGGUCAGGGGAUGGUUGGCACGGCGACGCUACCUCAGGAUCUACCAGGCCACCCUCACGCUGCAGAGAUAUGUCAGAGGAACACUGGCCAGAAGGCUGGCUCACAUUCUGCGUUACACACGGGCCGCUCUGAUCAUCCAGAAGACGUAUCGUAUGGUAACGGUCAGACGACUCUACCUGACCAUCAGAGAGGCUGCUCUCACCAUACAGGCUUUCAGCAGGGGGAUGCAGGCCAGACGCGCAUACAGACAGUUGUUGCGUGAACGUGCAGCGUUGAGACUGCAGGCUGCGGUACGGGGCUGGUCAGCGCGGCGAGAGUUCAGGCGUCUGCGCGCGGCGACGGUGUUGCUGCAGUGUUGCGUGCGCAGACGAGCUGCACGUAAAGAGCUGCUGAAGUUACGUCAGGAGGCUCGAUCGGUGGAGAAAUACAGAGAACUCAACAAGGGUAUGGAGGUCAAACUCAUGCAACUGCAACUACGGGCUGACCAACAGGCCAGAGAGAGUGCGUCUCUGAGGGAAAUCCUCCAAUCAGAGCGUGGGUCUCACACGGCGGAACUGGAUCAGCUCAGAGCCACCAUAGUCAAACUACAGACCCAGCUGGAAGCACAGACACACGCCGCUCCGUCAGUCAGUGAAAAAGAACUGGAAGAAAGGAGGCAGGCGGAGGAGAGAACAGCCCAAGAGAUUCUUCAGCUCAAACAGGAGGUGCAAGCUCUCAGGGCAGAGAGAGACUCUUUGGAAAAGGAGAGGGAUGACCUCCUCACUCGGCUGCAGGAGAAGGAGAAAAUUCAGGAGGAAAACGUACAGAAGGCGGUCGCUGAGUCGGGGUCAAACCUGCAGGCAGAGCUGGAGGAGGAGAGGAGAAGAUAUCAGGGACUUCUCAGAGACUACACACGUCUGGAGCAGAGAUACGAAAACCUCCGAGACAUGAGCAUGCUCAGCGAGCGUUCGCGAGGUCACAGACGGACUGACUCGACCCAGAGCAUGAGUUUGGAGCCCUUGUCUCCCGUGUCUUCGCCCUACCCUACUUCCCCUGCCUUCCCCUCCCCAGAGGAGGUCAGGAGGGUGAGUGUCACAUCACCCACGUUCGACAGGAGACCCUGGACUCCAGACCUCCCUCUGGAGUCUUUGAUGGAGGACACGGGCGUGCCGAAGGACACGGCGGAGAAAAUGACGGGGGAGGACCUCAGACACGCUUACGACGCCGUUCGCGUGGCCAACAAGUUGCUGGAGUCGCAACUUUUUAAUCAACGAAUCCAGUUUGAGCAGGAGGUCUCUGCUCUGAAAGAACAGCUACAGGGUUCCAGAGGAAAGGCCUCCCAGCCUGAAAAAGUUACAAACGCACAGAUCCAGGAUCUACUGGAGCAGGUUGAUGCAGGGGAACGGGAGUGUAUCAGAUUGAAGAGAGAGCUGAAAAACCUGAAACACACAGUGACACUCAGAAAAGUGCUAGCCUCCGCAGGCCCAAACCUGCCGCUCUCUCCUGGGUCUGUGUCCAGCCUCUCACAGAGAGGCCAGAAAGUCAGCGGUCUGCUGGAGUGCAGGAAGAGAGAUGAGAAUAAACUCAUCAAAAACCUCAUCACAGAUUUACGUGUGGACUGUGCCCUCUCUCUGCCCCCCGGGUUGGCAGCGCGGGUGCUGUUUCUGUGUGUACGUCAGGCAGACUGCAGCGGAGACCAGGCACGGGCACAGAGCCUGUGCAAAGCUGCCAUCACGGGCAUCAAAGCAGCUCUCAAAAAACACAGCAGUGAUGUGAAUCUGACGGCAGUGUGGCUGAGAAAUGCCUGGACACUGACUGACCUGCUGACCCAGCACUCUGCUAAAGAGGUGGUGAGGAACUCCGAUGACCUGGUGCCAUUAACCUUUGACCUGAGUGAUCAGGGUCGUGCCCUUUGCAUCCAGGCUUAUCAGCAACUCCUGUCAAUCACCGAGUCCCGCCUCCAGCCUAUCAUAGUCCCUGCCAUGCUGGAGAACGAGACUAUUCCGGGUUUGUCCAGUUCCGCCGGUAAGAUGCUCAGCUCUCGUAAGCGGGCUGGUUCCGAUCCCAGACCUGUGGGAUUAGAGACUCCCACCAUGGCUAUGGUCCUGAGGGAACUGGGUGCUCUACACACGGCUCUGACCCACCAGAACUUUCCCCUGAGUCUCCAGGAGCAAGUGUUCCGCCAGCUCAUGUACAUACUGACCGCCAUGACGCUCAACAGCCUGCUACUGCGCAAGGACGUGUGCUGUCUGAGCAGAGGCAUGCAAAUCAGAUAUAACGUGAGUUUGUUGGAGGAGUGGCUGCGAGGCCGUGGGGUACAGACAGGGGGCGCUAUUGCCACACUAGAGCCUCUAAUUCAGGCGGCGCAGCUCCUCCAAAUGGGCAAGAAAACCGAGGCAGAUGGCCGGGCCCUCGUCCAAACCUGCAGUACCCUCUCCAGCCAGCAGAUUGUGAAGAUUUUAACCCUUUACACACCCCAGAGUGACUUUGAGGAGAGAGUGACUCUUAAUUUUAUUCGCAUUGUGCAGGGACUGCUGAAGGAGCGUUCAGACAGUCAACCUCCUCAGCUACUGCUGGAUGUAAAACGUGUGUUCCCUGUUACCUUUUCAUACCUCCCCCCACCUCCUGUCUCCGCUGACCAACUGGACAUCCCAGAAUCCCUCAAGAUCUCCUUCCUCCGCAAAGUAUGA